AUGACGGACUCCAAGUUUGGCGAGCUUGCCUUGCAAUAUGUCCUCACGGACGAGAACGAGCAGGCUCGCGAAAUCCCGGAAAAAGCAGCUUCGGUCAUUCAAGAAUCGGCCAAUACCAGAAUCGCCAUUGGACAAUGGGUUCAAUCCAUAAAUCGAUGGAUCCACACGGGGGACUCGAAUGAAGAUGAUGGCUUCAUUGAACGUGCCAAGGCCCUGGACUUCCUUGCCAGCACUCUCGAAGUCCUUCUGCGCAGAGACUUCGCUCUCAAGGCCGACCAGAUAAAGCUAUUGGCCACCUUCUUUGGCAGCCUUUUCUCUAGUGAUCACAGAGCCGGAGUCACAGCGUCUGCCAAGGCUCUACGGUGUGUUACGAGCAUGAAGGCCUUUCAGCCGUCGCUGGGUCAUGAUAUCAUCGAGAACGUCUGCAAGCUGGGUGACGGCUUCAACCUGCAAACUCCAGCAACCCGCCUGGAACUAUACGAGCUCUUUCUAAGACUGAUCAAAGAUCCCGCUGUUGCGAAUGACUUGGAGUAUCGAGACGGCAACACCUGCGGAUUCAUUACGGACCUCUUGGGGCUUUGCCGCUACGAGAAAGACCCCUUGAACUUGAUGAAGUGGUUUGAGAUAUUGAGGACGUUCUUGCAGAACUUCUUCCCGUCAGCCGACGUCACAUCGGCGGUCUUCGAAAGAUUUUCGAACUACUUCCCUAUCACAUUGCGUAACGCAACACCAAACUCUGGAGUCACCCCGGGUGAUCUCAAGGCUGCUCUCCGCUCUUGCUUCGCUGCUCACUACCGCGUCGCUGGUCUUGCCAUACCUUAUCUAAUGAACAAGUUGGAUAAUGGAGAUGCAGUGACGGCUGCUGUCAAAACCGACAUCCUGCAAACCCUCAAUGCAUGCGUAUCGCAAUACGACCAUCCAAAGCAAAGUGUUGCCCCAUACGUCGACCAAGUUUGGACCUCACUGAAGUACGAGGUCCGAAAUGGGGAGGUUCCAGACACCAUCCAGGCGACCUUGAAGGUAUUAGGCUCUCUCACGAAACGUCUUGAUGCUGAGGAGCUCUCAACGUUCCUGAGCGAAUCAUGGAAAGAUCUGGCAGAGGACUUAUCGAGCCCGGAAUACAGUGCCCAAGCUGGCCAGCUGCUUGUUGCAGUAUCGGGUUCCACCGUUCAGUCCUUUGCUUCGAUAACUCCCCGAGCCCUCGCUCACGUCCAGAACACCAUAAAACAUGCGGAAUCGUCAGCAUAUAAACAGAAGCUCUUAGUCGUACUGAACAAUAUCCUUUCUUUACGAUGGCACCUAACCGAUAGUCUCGCAACAUCCUCGGCAUCACAGCCCGCCAGCAGCUCAGGCUUAUUGAACGACGAAAUAUUCGGCGAGUCUCUAUUCCAGACUACGUACCUACCUCUGUGGCAGAAUUUGUCGGCCAGCUCGACCUCAGCUGAUCACGUCGGCAUUCUGAAAGAGACGAUGAACGGGUUUGCUACCCUUGUGGGCCAAAGGUCCAGUGGUCAUGAUUCCCCUCGUCAGCUGUGUUCGGAUUCUACGUGCACACAGAUCUUCAAUCUGCUCGCGAAGCCAGUUAUUGUCGAGCCCAUCGAAGGUCGGAACUUCCUCGACGCGGGGCUUGAUGCCAGAUUACACGAGGAGGUAUAUGACGCUGCCGCUGCUUCACUGAAAAAAGCUGUGCCUGCGUAUCCCGCUGCGUUUCGGAACCUCCUGUUCCAGUUCCUUGCUUCAAUAAAAACGGCGUACGGGUCAGAUCCCGCUCGAGAAGAUCUUGCCGCACACAUUCAACUGGCUGCAAAGACGCUGUACGAGGUCGGCGGUGCAGAUGCAACGAAUUUGCUAGACUCCAAGCUACUCUUGUCCAACCCAUUUUCUGUUGUCAACGCAUUACUGGAAGGACUGCUUUGGAUGCUAUCGCAGCAUGCACCAGCUAAAGUUUGGACUGCGUUCAUAAUGUCGAUGCGGUACGCUUUUGACCACACUCUGCCGUCUGCCUCAAGUCAACACCCAGGAUCCCAGAUUACCAGAGACUGGUACUUAAACUUUGCACAGCAAAUCGUGAGUCAGGGUGCUCCCCAACUUGAUCUGGAUCAACCAGGAGAUCCCGAGCGAAUGGCCAAAGCUUUCGAGGGACUGAGCAUCAGUGAGUUGGACGCCUCCCGUCACCGAAAGGCCUAUUGCCUGUGGGUUGUGAAACAACUCUAUCGUCGAUUCACUGUCGCUCAUUGCACAGAGGACGAGACCAACGGGAAACGCUGGGUAAUAGGACUCAGCAAGGAUUUUCAAGAAACUAGUUCUGAUCUGGUCAUGCAACAAGACAUAUGUCUACACCAACUUGUCCGACUGGCUACGUCGACAGUGCGAGUUCUGAGCGCUGACGAACAGAAGGCCUUGCAACUAGACCAGGAUGCAUUCGCUCUGUUCAACACGUGUGAUGGCGAUAGCACCAAUCCUGCGGACGGGGAGUUCACUGGACCUUCGGCUCUAAGCUCCGCCGAUGGCUUUCGCACAGCACCAUUGUCCUUAGGUAUUCUUCAGGGUCUCCAUCCCGGUGCCAUUAGACCAGAGUUCUAUACCACCCUGGACGACCUGUGUCUAACAUUGACCUCCGUGCCGUCGCCUUGUUCAGACGUAACGAGGACCACACUCGACACGAUCCUGAUCGUGUUGUCGAACAAGCUAUAUUUCCGAGGUAACAUCGAUCUCAAUGGAAAGAGGGCGGCGACUAAACAACAUCUCGAAAAUACAUUCACCGGGAUUUCCACGGGGUGUAUGAAUCCGAUCGAGCCCCGUCCAGAUACCCAUACUGUUCUCCUUAUCCACCGCAGCAUCUUCUCUUAUCUGGCCGGUGACGUGCCACGGCAUCAGCACGAGCCUGCCCAGGCUUCAUUGCUAGCCAACGUUGUUAAGUCUGCACCGGAUGACGCAGAGUUGGGGCUCCAGCUUUCUCAGUACUUUGAGAUCCUAGUGAGCCCAAAGGAGUGCCUAGCGGCCGAAAAUCAUGCUUUUCGAAGCAAGUUGGACGGCACUUGGCUGUAUUCGAAAGCCGUGCAGCCAUGGCUCGCGUUCUGCUUCAGUGGGAAUUUGGGUGAUGAAAUCCCUGACGGCUUGGAGAGAGAGAGGAGAACCAUUAACCGCGCAGUGGCGACGUUUGCUCUUCUUAAGCACCUGAAGUACAACCAGUACUCAGCCGAUGUUGCAGAGAUUGUAAAAAUCGGACUUCGCUCACUCUCCACCUUCAAUCUCGGCGCAGAAAUGGUGUCCUGCAUGAGUGUAUUGCUCGCCGUCCUGAACAACGACCCAGGCGAACUGCAGGAACACAUUGCGGGCCUGAUCUCGGGCACUAUCACCAUGUACGAGAAGGCAAAGAAAGCUGCCGAGGCUGCGACGUACCGCACCUUGCGCCCAAGCCAGAAACGGGACCUGAGCACAUGCCGCAGAAACGCCCUCGAGUUCCUGCAACUAAUGACGGGAAAGUUUGCAGCGCGCUAUCUGUUGCCUCAUCGACAGCAGCUGCUUCGCCAGUUGGCGUGGGCUUGUGGAGAUCCGAUGAGAAGUAUCAGACCAGUCGCGAUUGCGGCCAGAAAGGCUUGGGAUGACUUGGACAAGUGA